GAAUCGUACAGAACGCUAUCAAAAGCAAAUCAAUAGGAAAAUUCUUAAUAAAAAAAAAUAAUCUUAAGAUUGGUUUGAAUAUGUUGCAAAUUACCAAAAACUUGGUUAAUAGGACUUUGAAAAGAAAUUUUGGCGUUUCUACCGGUUUGACUGGAAGUCAAGUCCAAAGUACUACGAACAACACGUCGAUUAGAAAUCGUAAUCAAUACAAUAACAAAGUUAAACAUAACUUCUGCCAUAAGCGAAUGUCCGCCAGUCAAAGUGCGAACGCCAACAACAUGAAACGUCUAGCAGGAAAAGUUGCGGUGGUCACCGCCUCCACAGAUGGCAUUGGCUUUGCGAUCGCCAAGCGUUUGGCCGAGGACGGCGCUGCCGUCGUGAUCAGCAGUCGCAAGCAGAAGAAUGUGGACAAUGCGCUCGCCGAGCUGCGCAAACUGAAUCUAAAUGUGCAUGGACUCAAGUGCCAUGUGAGUGAGGCGCAGGAUCGCAAGCAGCUGUUCGAGGAGACGAUCAGCAAGUACGGCAAACUGAACAUUCUGAUCAGCAAUGCCGCCACGAAUCCCGCUGUAGGUGGAGUCCUCGAGUGCGAUGAGAAGGUGUGGGACAAGAUCUUCGAUGUAAAUGUGAAGAGCUCAUUUUUGUUGGCCAAGGAGGCAUUGCCCUAUUUGAGGCAGGAGAAGGGCUCCAGCAUUGUGUUUGUCUCCUCCAUAGCGGGCUUUGAUGCAUUCGAGCUGCUGGGCGCCUACUCUGUGAGCAAGACGGCGCUGAUUGGUCUGACCAAGGCAGCGGCCAAGGAUCUGGCGCCGGAGGGAAUACGCGUCAAUUGCCUGGCACCUGGCAUCAUCCGCACCAAGUUCUCCAAGGCGCUCUACGAGAAUGAGGCGGCAAAUGAAGCGGCUCUCAGCAAGAUUCCCAUGGGACGUCUGGGCACUAGUGAGGAAAUGGCGGGAGUUGUCUCCUUCCUCGCAUCAGAUGAUGCGGGCUAUAUAACUGGAGAAUCCAUUGUCGCGUCUGGCGGCAUGCAUGCCCGACUCUAAAACUCUUUAUGCACACUUAUUUAUUAUGUCUUAUUGCCUAUGAAUUAUAAAUGUGUUGUAACUAUCAGAAGGUGGUGUACUUGCUCUUUUCUCACCACACGAAGUACACUUCACCAUAGAAGUUUGUUGACAUACUUGUUACUAAUUACACCAUGCAUAUAAUAACAAAUGUUUUUUAGAUAUUUGUUUAUGCAAAUCAAAGUCAUGGUGAAAAAACUAUCACAAGGUGGUGCAUUCGCUUUGAAACAUUUAACAUAGAAAUCGGUUGCCAUACGUAAUAAUAUAAGACCACCUUGUUAAUAAAUACACCAUGCCUAUGAAUAACAAUUGUUU